AUGGCUGUGCAGUGGCUGACGAAGUUUGGCAGUCUUGGUCUUCGUAUGACGACUGAUGAAGAAGAAUGGGUAUACAAAGAAGAGCCCCACUCCCCAAGGCGACAGGAGAUCCUUAAAAAAUAUCCACAAAUAAAGAAGCUGAUGGGAUACGACCCUAAAAUCGCUUACAUUGUCACGGCGGAAGUGUUGGUUCAACUUGUAGCAGCCUGGAUGGUAAGGGACGCCUCAUGGACGACUAUAGCCAUUCUAGCUUACUGUUUUGGCGGAGUCCUCAAUCACUCGCUUGGUAGUGCUAUACACGAAAUAGGUCACAAUUUAGCUUUUGGACACAGUCAUCCUAAAUUAAACAGAAUGUUAAGUUUAUGGUGUAACCUGCCAAUCGUGGCACCCAUGGCAAUCAGUUACCGGAAGUAUCAUGCAGAUCAUCAUCGUUACCUUGGCGAGGAAAAUAAGGACGUUGAUAUACCAACGCGGCUGGAGAGCUAUCUGUUCCGCCAUCCAAUCACUAAAAUAUUUUGGCUUACCGUUCAUCCAAUCAUCCACGCUAUUCGGCCAUUCUACAAGAGCCCUAAGCCAAUCACAGGCUGGGAGAUUAUAAAUACCAUCGUCCAGAUGUCCUUCAACGCGAUCAUAGUAACCACCUUUGGGGUUAAAUCUAUUGUGUAUCUUCUGUUGGGAACAUUGAUGGCCCUCGGAUUCCAUCCCCUCGCGGGACAUUUUAUCUCCGAACAUUAUCUAUUCAACAAUAACGGUACUCAGGGAACCACGUCAUAUUAUGGUCCUCUGAACUUUGUCCUAUUCAAUGUGGGCUACCACAUAGAACACCACGACUUCCCAUACAUUCCCUACAACAAACUACCGGAACUGAAAAAGAUCGCGCCAGAAUACUAUGACUACCCGUAUCAUACCUCAUGGGUCAAGGUCGUUUGGGAUUUUAUUUUCGACAAAAAUUCAGGUCCCCAGGCUCGAAGUGUUGGUUACCGGAAGGACGUUCCAACGAAUUGCCAAAGUAACGGUCACGUGAUUGGACAGAAGGAGGAGUGA